CAUUUCUGUGGCUCUCGAGGUUGUUUUUAAAAGUGUGCUCCUGAACUUCCUCUCUGGUGCAUGCCACUGUGGACACUUUGAGCCAGAGCAUCUCGAUGUGUAAACAUUCUUGAGCAGACUUCACCUUAUAGAGAAAUCGACUCCUAUUUAUUAUCAUUUCAGCGUGACUUGACCCAUUCAAUUCAUUGCUGAGGCCUGAAUAUAAACAAAAUCACCAGAAGUUUAACCCCUUUUCAUUUAAGGUGUAUGAUUACUAAGAUAAUAAAUACUGGGGGUGAUGGUGACUUUUCAGGAAUCUUAAAGCAAAAAUUAAAGCUGGUAUUCUAGCACUUACUAAAUCUUUGAAUAUAGUGAAGGUUUAUUCUGUUUCUGCCACAAAUAAAAGCUAAGGAAAUAAUUGCCAAGCAAGUAAACUGGAAUUGCAGAAGGUUUCUAUGUGUGCCCUGAGAAAAAUCACAAAAAGGCUCCAAGUUGGUGUCUAGGGUAAAUAUUUCCAGAAUACAGGUUACAUUAGAACUUAGACAAUCUUCUUAACUAUUAAUGAAUGAGUUGAGGAUGGGGGGGGGGGGGGGCUUUUAUUUUUUCCUUUCUGUGGCUAGAAAAAAACUUGCCAGUUCAUGUCAACAUGUCCGGUUAUGCAAAAAUGAGAUGAUAGUGUCUUAAGAAACAUUAGCUACUCUAUUAGUAAUGAACUCAACUCUAGAGAAAAACAUACAUAGGCAACUUCCAAAAACAUAAGUAAAAAUACUUUGGAGGAUAUUUCCCUGUGGAAUAACUUGUUGUUUUAUGCAUGUUCGGAUAACAGUAAGUGAAAGGAUUAAUAUUGUAUUAUAGAGACAAUCCUGAGAUGGUUUCCUUCGCUUAUUAACAAAAGUGGCAUAGAUUGUUGCCAGAGUACCUGCCAGGUAGUUUAAUUUCAGGAGGAAAAGGUGUUCCUCUGGUGGAACCUGAAUUAAGGACCCAUCUCAUGCAGCCUAGUUACUAUCAGCGCCUUCAGGGCAAAGAUUGCAGACCUUAUUUAUGUCCCUGGGGUGGGACAUUAAUGAUAGCUUAGGGACCACGCAUAUCUUCUCACUAGAAAGCAUUAUGAGGAAAUUAUAAUUCUUAAAGUAUUCUAAGGAAAAAAUAUCUAGAACAAACACUUCUUCGUGCUUUUCUCUAUGCAUAAAAGGACAAGCCAUAGUAUUUUCAAGUACAACUUGGUAUACCUAUCCUAAAUAACAUGUCCGAAGCUGUUGCCUAAUAAUUAUGAAAAUGUGAAAUACUUAAAAUAUAUUCUAAAGUAAAUAAAUUAGAGAAAGGAAGUUAGUUAAUUAGUUAUGAAUAAAAGAGGAAUGGCUAAAAGGGGGAUCUGCAAUCCAAAGGCUGUAAAGGAGCACUGUAAUGAAAAGAGCAAGCAGAACCCUGGUGUGUGUGAGAAGAAACCACAGCAGAGAAUAUUGAGAAAACACCUCAUUCAGAUAAUAGCACAUUCCGAAUAUCAUACAUUCAUCUUUCAGUUUUAGGCCCUCGGGUAUUAAAAGAUAUCAUAUCUGUAUUUCCAGGACCUCGCAUAUAGAGGCACUAAAAACACUUAUUGAUGAAUUAAAAAAUGGAGUAAGUCAAGCUUCAGGGAGGUAAUCCUGAAUUCUCUGAUGAUUAAAGAAAAGUAUAAAAUAAUGUCUCUGAGGGAAGAUGAUAAUAAAUUGGGAAUGACUGAAAUAAGACUAGGAUAACAAUAGUCAAAUACAUGAAAGGAUUUUUCUGUCAAUUUGGAAAAGAUAAAAUUAACUAAAACUAUAGCAUUAAUAAUAUAGAUAGAUGUAAGCAAGAAGUAAAGUAGUAUAAUAGAGUUGUUGACUAAUGAAAUCAACCUUCAACAGGUUAGUAAAUAUCCAAAUAAACAUAUUUCAAAACAGCCUAGAUCCUUCUUUCCCUAAGAGCAUUUCGGAAGCAUGACAUUUACAUGACCAAACUAUGCAAGGCCUUUCUUUGAUUGACAUAGGACUAGGGUGGGUAGUACAGGCCCCCCCACAGUCUUCCAUCACAGUUUAUAAGGUGGUGGCCACAGGUCUGGCUUUCUAUUUGGAAAGACACCUCACAUGGAAGUGGGAGCCCUGUUGUCCUGAGGAAGAAUCAUUCCCCUACUCAGGAGAAGCUGGGCCACGUGGUGCCCAGGCUGUUAAUUUACAGGUAAAGAUAGCCUGAAAGCUUAGGCCACUUUGAAGGCACAACCUCUCAGCAUUUCCAGGGCAGGAUGAAUUAGCUGCCCCUGCCAGGGAUGGGAAAGAGACUUGAAGCCAAGUCAUCAGAGAGAAGGAUCCAGCAUGACCUUGAACCUCUCUGGCACUCAGUUUCCUCGCAUGGAAAGUAGUAGGUGAUAGCAACACUCAGCCUGCAGGGUUGUUAAGAGAGUUCUUCGAGACAUGACUUAAAGGUUAACACAAAUCAGAUCACUGUGAGACCUUGAACACCGCUGAUGGAUAUAAAAAUGGACACCAAUUUUACUACUCCCUCUACAACUCCUCCGGAAAAUGACUGUGACCUCUAUGCACACCACAACACAGCCAGGAUAGUAAUGCCUCUGCAUUACAGCAUUGUCUUUGUAAUUGGGCUCGUGGGAAACUUGUUGGCCUUGGUUGUCAUCAUUCAAAACAGGAAGAAAAUCAACUCUACCACCCUAUAUUCAACAAAUCUGGUCAUUUCUGAUAUACUUUUCACCACUGCUUUGCCUACACGGAUAGCCUACUAUGCCCUAGGCUUUGACUGGAGAAUCGGCGAGGCCUUGUGUAGGAUAACUGCUCUUGUGUUUUACAUCAAUACAUAUGCAGGUGUCAAUUUCAUGACCUGCCUGAGCAUUGACCGGUUCUUUGCCGUGGUACACCCUCUGCGAUACAACAAGAUGAAAAGAAUUGAACAUGCAAAAUGCAUUUGCAUAUUUGUCUGGAUUCUAGUAUUUGCUCAAACACUCCCACUACUCAUAAAAUCUAUGUCAAAGCAGGAGAAUGAAAGGACAACAUGCAUGGAAUACCCAAACUUUGAAGAAACAAAAUCUCUUCCCUGGAUUCUGCUUGGUGCAUGUUUCAUAGGCUAUGUGCUUCCGCUCAUAAUUAUUCUCAUCUGCUAUUCUCAAAUCUGUUGCAAACUCUUUAAAACUGCCAAACAAAACCCACUAGCUGAGAAGUCUGGUAUAAACAAAAAGGCUCUCAACACAAUAAUUUUUAUAAUUGUUGUGUUUAUUCUCUGUUUCACACCUUACCAUGUAGCAAUUAUUCAGCACAUGAUUAAGAAGCUUCGUUUUCCUGAUCUCCUGGAAUGUAGCCAAAGACAGUCAUUCCAGAUUUCUCUGCACUUUACUGUAUGCCUGAUGAACUUUAAUUGCUGCAUGGACCCUUUUAUAUAUUUCUUUGCAUGUAAAGGGUACAAAAGAAAGGUUAUGAAGAUGCUGAAACGUCAAGUCAGUGUAUCAAUUUCCAGUGCUGUGAAGUCAGCCCCUGAAGAAAAUUCACGUGAAAUGACAGAAACUCAAAUUAUGAUACAUUCCAAGUCUUUAAAUGAAAAAUAAAAGGGAAUUAAAUCUUGGAUUUAUAGCAAAGUAAACUGUAUGACAAACUUUGCAUUACAUUUUUUAUAAAGCAAAAUGAUUAUUCAACAUCCAAUUAGGAUUCUUCCAAAUUCCUUUAUUUGGGCACUAUUUCCCACCUCCAACUUGGAAGUAAACUCAAGUUUUUUACGCUCAAGAGAAUGACAUAAAGCUAAGAUCUAAUUUGUAAAUGGAAUGUGAUACCAAAAGGAAGGCUAUUUUAAUAACUCUCAGUAUAAAAGAGAAAGGUUUGUAUAAAUGAAAAUUUUAAUCAUUAACAUUUCCUGCCAACAAUUUGGCAAAAGAAAAAAGACUGUUAAGAUUGUAUAUUGCCAGUGUAAAAAUGUUAAUAUUGUAAUAUAUUUCUUUUUUUAUAACGUAUUUUUUCAAUCCAUGUUUUGUUUUAUUCUAAGACUUUAUUUCCUCAAUAAUACAGCUCUUUGUUUUGUUUUGUUUUGUUCUGAGUCAUAAAAUUUUACUUCAAAGAACUCUUUUGGAAUAAAGAACAGGAUUCUACAAAA